AUGGCCAAAUCAAACAAGGAUACAUUUGAAGCUACCUACUCGGGCUCACAACCCCCGCCACUUAUUCCCUCGUUGCGCUCAGAUCCGCCGUCCAAGGGACCCGCGCCAACAUCGCUCGAAGAGUUCAGGAGACUUGAACCAGCUCAUGUCAGAGAUCAGAGACUACGCGAGCUUUGGAAGGCGCUCCCAACCGCGUCGGAUGAAGUCAUUUUAUGGAAUGCAGCUGCUGGCGACUCCGACAACAAUCGGCCACGACCCGGCCUGAAACCAGAGGACGAGCGCAUAGAACGGCUCAGAAAGAUAUACAACCAGGAGCUUAUGAAUCGGGUCAGCGGAGGGCGGCCAAAGGGGCUCAACUACGACCAGUUCGUCCAGUAUGCAGAUGCCAAAGAAGCGGAAUUGUGGGCUAUAUUCCACGACGAGCUCGAUUUGGACCGCAACGGACGACUCGACGCGUUCGAGUUGCGUACCGCGCUCGCGAAAGCGGGCAUCACCUUGCAGCCUUCAACACUUUCCGACUUCAUGAAUUUCCUCGCCACCUCUCCACACCAACAGACCAUUAGCUUUCAAGAGUUUCGCGACUUCCUCAUUCUCAUGCCACGAAAGGCAUCAACGAUAGAGAUAUAUCGAUACUACGAGUACAGAAAAUACCUCGGUGAUGACGGCCACGGUCACGCACGAGUCAAUAUGGAGGGAGAUGUAUCUCUCAGUGCUGAGGACCGUCAUCUUCCGGCAUCGAAAUUAGAAGCCUCGCAAUCACGCCCACCAGUUACAGAGUACGAGGAACAAGAAGAGCAGCAACAUCAUCAAGAUCCAGAAGUAGACAAGGCUACCGCCUUUAAGUUUCUUCUCGCUGGUGGCAUCGCUGGAGCAGGCACGUUGGUCUCCAGAACGGCCACGGCACCCUUUGAUAGGCUUAAAGUGUUCCUCGCGACACGUGCAGUAGAGGGGUCGGUUUCAACAACCUCGGAGGCUUUGCUGGACCCAAAGCGAAGUACCAAAGCGCUUUGGUCCGCUGUCGCCCAGAUAUAUGCAGAGAGCGGCGUACGUGGCUAUUGGAUAGGAAACGGACUAAACAUCGUCAAGAUAUUCCCGGAAUCUGCGAUCAAGUUUUUGUCCUAUGAAUCUUCAAAACGAUUUUUUGCCAAAUACGUUGACCACGUCGAAGAUUCGCGGGAUAUCAGUGGGACGAGUAGAUUCUUGUCGGGAGGAAUUGGUGGUUUGACCAGUCAAUUAUCGAUAUAUCCUAUAGAGACUCUCAAGACUCGACUCAUGAGUGAAACGAGUGCAUCGCAUAUACUACCAACUGCAAAGCAAAUGUGGCGUGAAGGUCGUUUUAGGACGUUUUAUCGUGGCCUUGUGAUUGGUCUCGUCGGGGUCUUUCCAUACUCGGCUAUUGAUAUGUCGACGUUUGAGGCACUCAAGCUCGCGUAUCUACGAUCAACAGGGUUAGAAGAGCCCGGUGUUCUCGCACUUUUGGCUUUCGGCAGUAUAUCCGGGAGCGUCGGAGCAACGAGCGUCUACCCCCUGAACCUCGUUCGAACACGGCUGCAGGCCUCGGGAUCUUCGGGGCAUCCUCAAGUUUACACUGGCAUGUGGGACGUUGUGCGUCAGACGCAUGAAAAGGAGGGUAUUCGUGGCUUUUACCGCGGUCUCUUCCCAACGCUGGCCAAAGUCGUCCCGGCCGUCUCGAUAUCAUACGUCGUCUACGAGCAUAGCAAACGACAUCUGGGUGUCGGCGACUGA